AAAUAUUUCAUCAGACAAAGUGGGGAUUUCAAAGAUAUUUCAUAAUAUGCACAACAAUUUCUUUAUUGUGUAAUUGUAACAGCUAAAUUCUAACCGGGCGCGUUAAAGACAUAUCUCUCCUAAGUUACUGUCACAAAAUCAAUACUCGUAGUAUUGUGCUUAUUUCAUUGUUGUUUGUACAGUUGAAAAUAUUAUUGUUUUUGUUACGUCAUUGUAAAUAGUUUGGCAGCGGUUUUGCUUGUGUACAAUUUGUUUAUUCGCUUGAAUCGUGUUGGUGAGAGCAAUAGGUUUUAUGUGACCUUGAACCCAGAUCUAAACAGCUGUUAAGUACAAAAAUGGACUCGUUCUUCAGCCUCUUCGAUCCGUCAGAUAGCAAUACGAACAGACAGAAUAAUAAGAAAAAACAUAAAAACGAUCAAGAGAACGGCAGGAAGAACCCAGACGCACCCAAGGGAAGGCGGAGAGGUCGGCGUUCCCAGGGGAAGAAUGAAACGCUUCCAGAGGAAUCUUCGUUUUUGUGUGAACCGGAUCUCAGCACUGAGAUACUAGUUAAGGAUUACAGCUACAUUGAGAACUACAUCGAAGUGAAUAAGAGAGAUGAAGAUACAAAAGGGGACGAGAAGAAACCACGCAGAAGGAACUCGGGCAGGAAGAACAGAAGGAAGAAGAACAAAGUAUCGCCAGCGAAGGACGUCCUAACAACAGCAUGGCAGAGUUCAUCACAAGAAGUACCGGAACCGUUGAAUAAUCAAUCGUCGAUACCAAAGGUCUGUGACGAGAAAAUCGGGAAGAACGUCAACGAUUUGAAAUCGGAAGACGAUUUUAAGAAGACGAAGAGGAAACCGACCAAUGAUGAUGAGGAUGCAACGAGAAGUGGGACAAAGUUUGCCGAUAGAGUGUACAAUGUCAUCGAUAAGUUGGAGAAGGUCAGGAUCAAGGACGAUAUGUAUUUAGCUGGUGAUUUCAAUUCCGAGGACUUGGAGAGUGACUUCUUCUACAGCUCUGAUGAUAUGGAAGACUUCUGCGAUGAUACAACAUCCGACGCCGACGAUUCCGGCGACGAGUGCUACGGGAGUCUACCCCCGGAGCCUCGUUUCGGGAACGUCGAGUACAAACUGCAGCUGGUCUCGCCGUGCGAGCGACGCUUCCAGCACCUGGUGACGCAACUGAAGUGGCGGCUGCGCUCGGGCGGCGGCGCGGCGGUGUACGUGGUGGGCGUGCGCGACUGCGGCGCGCUGCGCGGGCUGAGGGCGGGCGCGCUGCGGGCGUCGCUGCGCGCGCUGCGGGACAUGGCGCGCGCGCUCGGCGCCGCACUCGUGGGCGCGCGGGCCCGCCGCGUGGCGCCCGCGCGGGCCGUCGCCGAGGUGUACAUCCGCAAGCUGGCGGACACGCAGCAGAGCGUCGAGCUUCGGGUCGCGGUGAUGGGGGCGAACGAGGCGGGCAAGUCAACGCUUAUAGGCGUUCUCACUCAAGGUGAACUCGAUAACGGUAGAGGGAGCGCUCGCCUGAACAUGUUCAGGCAUUUGCACGAAGUGAAAAGUGGUAGGACGUCCUCGCUCAGCCACGAGAUACUCGGCUUCGAUGCUCAGGGUAAUGUCGUCAACUACGGUUGUUCCGAGCUGAUGACAGCGGAGCGCAUCGGAGAGAGGAGCGCGAAGCUGGUGUCUUUCCUGGACCUGGCGGGCCACAGCAAGUACCAACGUACCACGCUCCACGGGCUCACGGGUUACUCCCCGCACUACGCCAUGCUCGUUAUUUCGGCAACAGCCGGUAUAACUCGCAUCACAGAAGAACACAUCGGUCUUCUGCUGGCUUUGGACAUGCCGUUCUUCGCAGUCAUCAAUAAGUGUGAACUGGUUAGCAACAUCAACGCUGUUGUAGCGAGGCUGGCUCAAUUGUUGGAACCCGCUAAUAAGAAACCGCUGUUAAUAACUGACGAGAAUAUGGCAAGGAACUGCGUUGCGCCGCAAAAGUCGAUACUGGACACCAUAGACAAUGUAGACGAGGAAAUCAAAAAGGAUGAGGAGGUGGCCGUGUUCCCGGUGAGCUGCGUGCGCGGCGCCGGCCUCAACGCGCUGCACGCGUGCCUGCUGGCGCUGGCGCCGCGCCGCGACCUGCAGCGCCCCGAGGACGAGGCGUGCGAGUUUCAAAUAGACGAAAUUUUCCACGUAGGGGACUCGACGGGGCCCGUCGUGGGGGGACUGCUCGCGCGAGGGCGACUCUACGAGGGCGACGAACUUAUCAUAGGACCUCUGGAGUCCGGCGAGUUCGCGGAGAUAUCCGUGCGCACGAUAUACCGCAACCGCGUCCCGUGCGGCAGCGUGCGCGCGGGACAGUCGGCGUCGCUGGGCCUGGGGCGCUUCCCGCCGGGACUGCGGCAGGGCAUGGUGCUGCUGGCGCGGCCGGGGGGCUACGCCGCGGGACACGAGCGGCCCACCUUCGGGGGCUGUCCGCCCGGGACUUGCAGAGGACGACAGAUAUCAGAACUAGUCCACUCGUCGCAAGCUUCGGAGAAGAAUCGAAAGAACGCGAGGAGACAGAACAAGAAUAUCCUCCAGGACAUCGCCAACGUGAAGAACAGCCUCACGAAAACAUCGGACACGAAGUGCACGAACGUGUACGUGUCGGACGACGGGAGCAAGUACAGCGACGCGCACGUGUCGAGCGACACGCAGGACAAGUGCGUGUGUGACGACCUGGUGUUCCUCGAAGACCCAAACGACCCUAGAGGCUGUAUAUACUUUCAGGCAUCCGUGCAUGUCCUGAGACACUCCACGGCCAUCUACCCAGGGUUCCAGUGCUCUGUGCAUGUCGGGAACGUGCGUCAGACGGCCAUUAUCGAGGGUAUAAUGUCUCCGAACAACGUGCUGAGGGCGGGCGAGGGGGCCUCCGUGCUGUUCAGGUUCGCCCGCUGUCCGGAGUACCUCGUGCGGGGCCGCCGGCUGCUGUUCACGGCGGGGCUGGGGACCAGAGCCAUCGGCCGGGUCACGCAAACCUUCCCGUACAUACCAUGAAUUCUAUAGAACACGGCUCCAAUGUAAAAUUCGAGAUCUCUCUAGAAUAUUCUAGAUAAAUUAAAUAUAUUAAUUGUAUCUGUAACCAGUUUUCUUGUCGUGUUCACUUCAUGAUUGCGUGGGGGCGUUUCGCCUUGCGGAUUAAAUUACAAAAAACGACAAACGAUGAUGGUAUUUUUAUGUUAUAUAAAAACAGUGUUGCCAACCUCUUAGAAGCAUCCUCCCCUAGCACCAUCUCAAAAGCCCCCCGUUUCCUCCUGACGGAUGAAUUGAAACAAAUACAAAAUAAAUUUAUAAUAUGAUGUUAAAAAAAAAGCAAAUCAAGUACUGCAAGUAGCAUUAGUAAACUUGAAAUAUACUCAAUUAAAUGAAGCUGAAGAGUUAAUCCCCGGAGAGAAUUUCUUUAAAAAAAUGUUCCUCCUAAAAAAUGUCUGACCUGAAAAUAUCCUAUUUGAUUUCAUCUGACAUAGCCCUAUUUAGGGGGAAAACCCCCAAGUUGGCAACACUGUAUAAAAAAAUGUGGACCAUCCAUAUAAACUUUCAUAUAUUUAACACUAGCGACAAAUUUUUAAUAAACCAUCAUAUGUGAUCGAGCAAAUUUUCGCUCAUAACUCAUUUUUAUUCAGUCAGUUAAUUAAUCAGUGUCAGAGUUUUUAUUACGUAUAUAACAUACAUGCAAAACGUCUAUGCUUAUGUAUAAAUAAUAUUGCAAUAUAUAAAGGCUUAUAUAU